AUGGCUUCUGGCUUCGUCCCCUUACCACCAAAUUUCACUGAUCUUACGAACGCCUCCAGUGUCGAGGCAAAUUCAGCAUCAAUCAACGUCAUCGGGGUCUGCGUCGACUUUCUCGCUCCAACGAGGUGCCAGGGCGGCCGCCGAGACUUCACCAUCAAAUUCACUUUACACGAUCCUUCCUGGCCUUCUGGUGUUGGUCUACCCUUCGCGUUCUUUCAUAGGCAAGCCGAACAACUUCCGGAUAUCAGAGACCAAGGUGAUGUCGUCAUUCUGCGAAGUGUCAAGAUAAAUGUCUACAAGGGCCAAACCAUAGGGUUGUCCAACUCUUCUACUACGUGGGUUGUGCUACCCGCUACUGAGUUGGAGAACAUACAAUCUAUCCAAGAUCUCAAGGACAAGGGCAGGUUGAUGGGACAAGGAGCCAGCUAUCACAGCAACACUCCCCUAGCAGCUCUUCCCAAUGAUGCUCAGUUGAAGUAUGCCAAAUGGAUAGCCGAACAGGAAGAUCCAUGUCUAUGGACAAAGCAGCAGCCCAGGACACAGCUGGAAAUAGCGAGUACCAUGGCAGAAAACGGGGGCACUGCUCCUGCUCGCAAAGAGAAAUUCAGCACACUUGAUCGCCUCAGCUUGCCCACUGGUAGAGCUUACAUUUUUGUAGACCUUUUGGGCGAAGUACGCAAAGCAUUUUCCCCCAACGACUUGACGACUGAGCUCUAUGUGACUGAUUAUACUACGAACGACAAGCUCCACGACUACAAGCACUCGAGCGAACGGGGUGGCCGUGAGGGUGACCCGUGGGGCUAUAUUGAGGACAAAACGUCUGAUAAAUGGCCCGGUCCAUGGGGUCAAAUGACGAUGACGGUCACAUGCUGGGGGAGGCAAGCUUCUGUUGCCAUGCACAACGUGAAGUUGGGCAGCUUCGUGUACUUGCGUAAUGUGCAGAUCAAACUUGACAGGAAUGGUUCGAGGCUCGAGGGCAAUUGUCGAGACGAUCCUAACUAUCCGGAGAAGGAGUUGAUCACAGUAGUGAAGUCUGGAGAUGAAAAGCGGAUUGAGUUGCUGCGUCGUAAACGAGCAUACGAGCAAAAGGCAGAGGCUGAAGGCGUCAGCUUUUCCCAAGACCCUAAUCAAGCAACGAAGAAACGGCAAUGGGACGAACCUUCUGAGCGGCCGAACGAAGAACCAAAGGGCAAGAGGACCAAGGCAAGAAACCGGAAGAACAAGAGAGCAAAGUUGGAGGCUAUGCAGCAGGAAAAGGAGAAGGCCACACCUCCAAUUGCGCAACAAGAGCGCUCCCUCCUCAAAUCCAACGCAAACAUCCGAUGUAAUCAGUACGAGGGAGUCUCAUGCAAGUUCAUCCUCGACAUCCUCGACCCGGACAUCUUGAACCGCACGACGGCAAAGGGCAAUGCCUAUCGACUUCCCUUCCAGAACUGUACAUACAAGUCGAAAGUCCGCAUUGUGGAUUUCUUCCCAGACAACAUUGCCGACUUCUCUGCGCCGCGAAAGGUCGGACAAUAUGAUGAAUUGUCAGACAACGAGGACUUUGGGGAUGACGUGGACAUCGACCCUACGCAAGAGAAUGGCAGGGGAGAUUUGGAAUGGGAAUGGCGAUUCCUUCUCCUGGUCGAGGACGCUCGAGCGCCGGUAGGUGUUGAUGGGCGACCGACUCAGAUGGAAUUGCUUGUGGCAGAAACGGACGGAGACUUUCUGUUGAACAUGGAUGCCUGUAACUUGAGGGACAAGGCAAACCGAGGCGAACUGGCGACGCUGAAGGAGAAACUAUUCCACCUGUGGGGAAACCUGCAGGAGUGCAAAGAGGAAUCCAGAAUGUCCGCCGAAGGGCUCCGUGCCAAACCAAGCGCAAGACCUUUCGAGUGUCUGAUCAAGGAGUACGGCGUCCCUGUUCUGCGCCCGAACAGACGGACCAAGGACUCUGUUGUCUAUGACCGACGAUUUCGUCUCUUUGGGACGGCGCUGGCAGUGUGA